UUGCUACUCAUUUCAUCAGAAUAUUGACCCUUCAUUGCACUGCACUGAGUUGGCGUUAAGCCGCACUUCAAAUCACUCAUUUCCAUUCAUCCACUCCACUCUUCUUUCUCCUAUGGCUGCAGAAUUGGUUGGUGGUGCUCUUCUUUCGGCUUUCCUUCAGGUUGCGUUUGAGAAGCUUACUUCUCCUCAAGUUCUGGACUUCUUUCAUGGAAGAAAACUCGAUGAGAAGCUGCUGAGCAAGAUGGAAAUCAAGCUGCACUCCAUCCAGGCUCUGGCUGAUGAUGCAGAACAAAAGCAGUUCAGAGAUCCACAUGUCAGAAACUGGCUUCUUAAGGUAAAAAAUGUUGUGCUUGAUGCCGAGGAUGUCUUGGAUGAGAUACAAUAUGAAAUCUCCAAAUGCCAAGUGGAAGCUGAAUCUGAAUCUCAAACCUCUACAGGCUGUUCUUGCAAGGUACCAAAUUUCUUCAAAACUUCUCAUGCCAGUUCCUUUAACAAGGAAAUUAAAUCACGGAUUGAACAAGUCCUUGACAGCCUAGAAUUUCUCUCAAGCCAAAAGGGUGAUCUAGGCUUGAAAAAUGCUAGUGGUGUUGAUUAUGGAUCUGGAUCGGGUAGUGAAGUGUCACAAAAAUUGCCAUCUACAUCUUUGCUGAGUGAAAGUGUUAUUUAUGGCAGAGAUGAUGACAAAGAAAUGAUCCUUAACUGGCUAAGAUCUGACACUGAAGACUGUAACCAGCUCUCAGUACUUUCUAUUGUAGGCAUGGGCGGUGUGGGUAAGACCACGCUUGCCCAACAUGUAUAUAAUGACCCAAGGAUAGAGGGUAAAUUCGAUAUCAAAGCUUGGGUUUGUGUUUCAAAUGAAUUUGAUGUUUUCAAGGUAACAAGAACAAUUCUUGACACAAUUACUAAAUCAGUUGAUGAUAGUAGAGAGCUAGAAAUGGUUCAUGGAAGACUGAAAGAAAAAUUGACAGGAAACAAAUUCCUUCUUGUUUUGGAUGACGUAUGGAAUGAAAACCGACAUAAAUGGGAAACUGUUCAGAGACCUCUUGAUUGUGGGGCUCAAGGAAGUAGGAUCCUUGUCACAACACGCAGUAAGAAAGUUGCUUCUACAAUGCAGUCAAAAGAACAUCACCUAGAGCAAUUAGAAAAAGAUCACUGUUGGCGGUUGUUUAAUAAACAUGCAUUCCAAGAUGAUAAUGCUCAAUCAAAUCCAGACUUUAAGGAGAUUGGCAUGAAGAUAGUUGAAAAAUGCAAGGGACUGCCUCUAGCCUUGAAAACAAUUGGAAGUCUAUUGCACAGAAAAACAUCUAUUUUAGAAUGGGAAAGCAUAUUAAAAAGCAAGAUAUGGGAAUUUUCAGAAGAGGACAGUGAAAUUGUCCCUGCUUUAGCACUGAGCUAUCACCACCUCCCUUCCCAUCUCAAGAGAUGUUUUGCUUACUGUGCCUUAUUUCCCAAAGAUUAUGAGUUUGACAAGGAGUGUUUAAUUCAGUUGUGGAUGGCUGAAAAUUUUCUACAAUGUCAUCAACAGAGUAAGAGUCCAGAAGAAGUUGGUGAACAGUACUUCAAUGAUCUAUUAUCAAGAUCCUUCUUUCAACAAUCAAGCAUCAAUGAUCUAUCACCAAUAUUUUUCUUAACAAGUUCUAGGAUCAGAAACAAGACUUAUUUUGUCAUGCAUGACCUUCUCAAUGAUUUGGCAAAGUAUGUUGGUGGGGACAUCUAUUUCAGGUUGGAAGAUGAUCAAGCAAAAAGUAUUCCAAAAACAGCUCGUCAUUUUUCAUUUGAAACCAACGACAUCUAUUGUUAUGAUGAGGAGCUUGGGAGUUUACAUGAUGUUGAAAGGUUUCGUACAUUUAUGCCAACAAGUAAGAGUAUGGAUUUUCUUUACUAUAGUUGGUAUUGCAAGAUGUCAAUACAUCAAUUGUUCUCCAAAUUUAAGUUCUUACGGGUUUUAUCUCUGCUUGGUUGUUCUGAACUUAAAGAGGUGCCUGACUCAGUAGGAAAUCUAAAACAUCUACAUUCGUUAGACCUAUCCAAUACAAACAUAAAAAAACUACCUGAAUCAACAUGUUCACUCUACAACUUGCAAAUACUGAAGCUGAAUGGUUGUUCACAUAUGAAGGAAUUUCCCACAAAUUUCCAUAAACUCACCAAUUUGCGUCGCCUUGAAUUAAUAAAAACUGAAGUGAGAAAGGUGCCCGAGCAGUUGGGAAAACUGAAGAAUCUUCAUGUAUUGAUGAGUUCAUUUGAUGUUGGCAAAAGUAGGGAGUUUGGUAUUCAUCAGCUAGGAGAACUCAAUCUUCAUGGAAGGAUAUCAAUUGGGGAGCUACAGAACAUUGAGAAUCCCUCGGAUGCAUUGGCAGUGGAUUUGAAAAACAAAAUACACCUUGUGGAGAUAGACUUAAAAUGGGUUAGGGACCAGAACCCCGAUGAUUCAAUUAAAGAAAGGGAUGAAAUUGUAAUUCAGAAUCUACAACCUUCCAAACACUUGGAGAAGUUGUCAAUUGGACACUAUGGUGGUACAAAAUUUCCAUCUUGGCUAUCUGAUAAUUCAUUAUCAAAUGUGGUGUCUUUAAGGUUGACCGACUGUAAAUAUUGCCUGUGUUUGCCUCGCUUUGGACUUUUGCCAUUUCUGAAGGAUCUGGUGAUUAAAAGGCUUGAUGGGAUAGUGAGUAUUGAUGCUGAUUUUUAUGGGAAUAACUCUUCUUCAUUUACAUCUUUGGAAACGUUGAAGUUCUCCGCCAUGAAAGAAUGGGAAAAAUGGGAAUGUCAAGCCGUUACAGGUGCUUUUCCUCGUCUUCAACGUCUUUCUAUUAAGAGAUGUCCCAAGCUGAAAGGGCACCUGCCAGAGCAACUUCUUCAUUUAAAGAGACUAGAUAUUGAACACUGUGAACAACUUGUGGCUUCUUCUCCCAUCUCUACAGAAAUUCGUGAAUUAAAUUUAAAGGAGUGUGGAAAGCUGCAAUUUGAUUUUCAUCCAACUACUUUGAAAAAGCUCACCAUCUGCGGAUACAUCAUGGAAGCAUCAAUGCUGGAAAGGAUAGGACACAUCACAUUUGUUACUUCUCUGGAGUACUUGUAUAUUUAUAAUUGCCUGAAUAUGAAUAUUCCAAUGACUGGUUGCUACAAUUUCCUUGUAUCAUUGAGUAUCAUCAAUGGCUGCGACUCUCUAACAACCUUUCCACUAGAUUUCUUCCCAAAGCUAGAGUACCUUUUUCUCCGGGGGUGUCGUAAUCUACAUGUGAUUUCACAGGGACUUGCUCAUAAUCAUCUCAAGGAUCUUGUAAUCAGUGAGUGCGCUCAAUUUGAAGCAUUACCUGAACGCAUGCACGCCCUCCUUCCAUAUCUUGAUGUGAUACAGAUAGAUGAUUGUCCAAAAUUUGAGUCGUUUCCUAACCGAGGUUUGCCAUCAAAUCUAAAAAAGAUGUAUAUUGAUAAGUGCUCCAAACUUAUCAUGUCUCUAAAAGAAGCUUUGGGAGGCAAUCUCUCUCUGGAAACCUUGGGUAUUGGACUCGACAUGGAGUCUUUCCCUGAUGAAGGUUUGCUGCCACUUUCUCUUACAUCUCUAUGCAUCUAUAAUAGUCUAAAUCUUAAAAGGCUGGAUUACAAGGGUAUCUGCAACCUUUCCUCUCUCAAGGAAUUGAUUCUUUUUGACUGCCCAAGCCUCCAAUGCUUACCAGAGGAGGGUCUGCCCAAAUCCAUUUCAACUCUUAAAAUCUUGGGCAACUGUCCGUUGCUCAAAGAGCGCUGCCAAAAACCAGAAGGCGAAGACUGGGGAAAGAUUGCUCACAUUAGGUUUAUUUAUGUGGGUAGUCAUUUAGUAUUGUAGGGUUCUCUUGUGCUUCUUCGAGGAUCUAGGAAAUCACUGAUUAAUUAUUUUCCAAACUUAUUUCUUUGUGGUUGUAGCAGCCAGAGUUAUUAUAUAUUAUGUGCAACGUAUUUCAAAGUUGAAUUUUAUUCCAAUUUUUUGCAAGAAAUGAUUUGUGUUAUUGGUAACUAGAGAUCAUGGUAUGUAUGAUUUUUUAAAGUGGUUUGA